AUGUGUUCUUUGUGUUUCUUGAGUUUUAUAGAGAAUUUCCUUUAUUUUCAAGCUGGGCUUGGAGUCCUAGCCAAUAUGUUUCUUCUAGUUUUUUAUAUUUUCAUAAUCCUAAGUCACAGACAUAAGCUCAUUGACCUGAUCUCGUGUCAACUGACCUUUGUUCAUAUAGUGAUGAUCCUCACUGGAGGAAAUAUCAUGCUUACAGACAUAUUUGAGUCUCUGAAUGUUGAGAAUGACAUCAAAUGUAAGGCAACUUUUUACAUAAAUAGGGUGAUGAGAGGCCUCUCUAUCAGCAUCACCUGCCUCCUGAGUGUGUUCCAGGCUGUCACAAUCAGUCCCAGUACCUCUUUGCUGGCAAAAUUUAAACAUAAACUAAGAAAACACAUGAUUAAUGCUUUAUUUUCUAUUUGGUCAUUCAAUUUAUCUCUUAGUAGUAACCUGCUCUUCUAUGUUGGUGGUUUUACCAAUGUGAGCCAGACCAAGCAGAUGAAGGUCAUUAAAUCCUGCUCACUCUUUCCAAUGACCUACAUCAUCAGGGAAAUGAUUUUAACAGUGACAAUUUCCAGGGAUGUGUUUCUUGUAGGAGUCAUGCUAAUCACAAGUGCAUACAUGGUGAUUAUCUUGUUCAGACAUCAGAAGCAAUGCAAGCACCUUCAUAGCAUCAGCUAUCUGAGAGUGUCCCACGAGAAAAGGGCCGCACAAACCAUCUUGCUGCUGGUGGGGAUUUUUGGGGUCAUCUAUUGUGUAAACGUCAUCAUCACACACACCUCCAUCCUGUUGUGGAUGUACAGCCCAGUUAUCCUGACUCUUCAGAAUUUUGUGGUGAAUGCCUAUCCUACAAUUAUUCCUUUGGUACAAAUCAGUUCAGAUAAGAGAAUAAUCAAUGUGUUGAAAAACUUGCAGUCAACAUGUCCCUAG